AUGAAUGACGGCUGUGAUGCUUUGUCCAGUCGCGGGGUGCCCGAUGCGGAGGCCAGUACGAACACCCACUCCAUGAACAACGCGUUGUCUCCUGCGCCUCACAAAUCAAUUCCUUCGGCUGAGAUCCAAACCACCCAAUCAGCACAAUUAUUGUCACUGCAAAUAGAUGGCUUGAACGCUGUUGCUAUCGCUCACGGCGAGGGUAAUCCGAACCCAGCCUAUAUCGAAUCAUCAGAGCGUGACCGACGACCAGACGGUUCCGCCAGUACCCUCACGGAUUCUCUUUCCGGUCUUCUCUCCUCCUCGAGCAGUGACGUUGGCCAUGCGAAAGAGCUUGGCAAUAACCCCAAUCCAUUGAAUGGGCAUACAACGAGACCAGAGAUAGACCAAGAGUUAUUGGAAUCCCGACUUGCCCCACAGACGGAACCAAUGAACGGAAACACUUCAAUAGAUCGAUGGCAACCCUCAUUGUCACCGAUCAAAGCGAGCAAUGCUUCAAUAUCCCCACCGCCAUCCCCGAAGCAUUCGCGCACAAGGUCAAACUUUGAUACUCGGUUGGCCUCAGGCCAGAAACGGAAAGCAGCUGGCGGCUUCAAGUCCAUCUUGGAUUCCCCCGCAAUUUCUAGUGCCGAUGCGAGUGGACCUGGGCGACGACGUUCGAAGAGCACGGGCUCGUCAGCUUAUGGAAGUAGGAUUGCACAGUUGUCGGUCCAUAUCCGCACGCGGUUAUCAUACGCGGCCGCCAAGGUACAAGAACAAGCCCGGCAGUCGCGUGAAGCUAAUCCUCAAGCGACAUUUGGAGCACACAACAGUAUAUCGCCAUUGAGUCCGUCCGCGCCAAGUGACAUCGUAUCAUUGCCAGCCAGAAACUCAACGCCUUUUUCACAAGACUCACAAGCAUCUUCCAACGGAAACUCUCAUCAUCCUCCAAGCCAUAACCGCUCCCAAUCAGCGUUUCCCUCUAAUCAAUUCCUUCCAAUUCCUAAGCUAGCACCGCCCGUGGAUAUCAUUUCAUCAAAUGGCCAUAACCAACGUCGUCGACCAAACCCUAACGCAAUCUCCAAACCUUCAAGCAACAGCCCCAUCUCCCGCCACCGACGCCACCAUUCAAACCAAGAUAAUGGAUUCAGCCGAUCACUCAAUAGCUCAUCAUUCCUAGCGUCCGGGGCGCCCUCGCUCUCAUCAUACACACAUGCACCAACGUCUACACCGAAUGGGUUCUAUAGACCCCGCACACAUUCCCAAAACACACUGAUGGAACAAGAUGCCAUCGAAACCCUGAUGUUCAUGUCCAGUCCCGAGAACUCGGGAUAUCGCUUCAGCCCUCGCCCGCUACAAACAGAAAGCACGCAAAGCAGCCUAAACGAGUCUAUCAAUGCUUCCAGCAACGGAGCCAACCACAAUGGAAGCCAGAGCUCACAAACCUCCGAAUCUCACAUUGGCCAUGGCAUUGAAACAAAGCCGGGGCUAGAAGCUCAUGCUGGCGAUGAUAUCGACCGCUUGCUAGAUCAGAUGGACAGUGAUAGCGAGGACGAGGGUCGCUAUGCAUCGUAUCGCCCUCGGAUCAACGGCGCACAUCCGUUUCGAGGGCAUCAGCUCCCGAGAUGA